AUGAAUAUUUUCAAUAAUAUAUCUAAUCAGUUAAUUACACGUAUUACAAUGUCAAAUUGUGGUUUACAAACACUUCCAUGGUGUUUAUUUAAUUGUGUUAAAAAUUUAAAGGAAUUAGAUUUAAGUAAAAAUCGUAUUCGAAAUUUACCUAUACAACUACCGAAUGUUCCAAUGGCAUAUCGAUCAUGUCAAUCCGUCUCUACUUGUUGGACAUCUAGUUUGAUUUAUUUAGAUUUAUCAGAGAAUUGUUUGGACUAUUUGCCAUCAUGGUUAUUUGUCAAUAUGUAUGAAUAUGAACAAGGCAUCAUAUCGCUCUCCUGUAGAGGAAAACUAAACAAUGAUGAUGAUAAUAAUAAUGACAAUCUAAAAGAACAAUAUGCACAUGUUCUUACUGAAAAAACUAAGCUCAUUGAUUCCCAUCCUCUUCGUCGAUGUUAUUCAGAGACCUCAGUCAAUACCACUACUUCUUCAUUACACCAUACAACAGUGAUGCAUGAUUCAUUUGCACCAAAUCUAUUACAUUUAUUAUUGUCAAAAAAUCAGUUACGUGUACUACCACCGGAAGUAUGGACAGGCUCAUUAUGGUGUAAAUUAGAAUUUCUUGAUUUAAGUUGGAAUGAAAUUGCUUACUUACCAAUGCCGAAUUUAUUAAAAGUACAAUUUGAACAUUCACGACAAAUGUAUAAGCAAUCAUUAUAUAUAAAAACACAAUGCUUAAAAGCAACUAAUGAAUUCAAUUACAAUAUGCAAUUUCCAAACAAUAUUGAAGAAUUUGCAUUCAAUUUUAAUUCAGAAAGUAUUUCAUGUUUACCAACUGAUCAAUUGAUUACUACAAUAACAAAUUAUUAUCAACCUGUAGAAAAUUAUAUUACUAAUAAUACGAAGAAUUAUAAUGAUAAAUUAUUGAAAAGAAAAUCUGUUGACUGUUUUUAUCAAUAUGAACAACAUACAAGUCAUCUUACACAUCUUUUGUUACAUCAUAAUUGUCUUAAAACAUUACAAUUAACCAAUUCAAUAAACAGUUAUUCAACUCGUAUACAUUCAUCAAAAUUAUUACAAAAAAUAAGUCUUGCUCAAAUCUGUCCAAAUCUUCUAUAUUUAGAUGCUAGUUAUAAUUCCAUUGAGAAUUAUUUCGAUUUAUUUCUAUGUCCAGAAUCUAUGAUUUAUAUUGAUUUAAGUUAUAAUCAUAUGAAAAUCCCUGAUGAUGAUGAUCAUCAUCAUCAUCAUUAUCAAUAUGAUUCUCAAUCAUCCUCAUCAUCAAUAGUUUGUCAGUUUGAAACUCUUUUUAAAUCAUUUUCUGAUAAGAAUAAAUCCAGCUCCACAUCGUAUUCAUUACGUAAUUGGGAUUUAAAUAAAUUCCCAACGUGUAAUUAUUACUCAAAAUUGGAGCAUCUCAAUUUAAGAGGCAAUCAAUUUCACAUAUUCCCUUAUUGUUGUUAUACUAACACAUUAAUGAAUAAACUUAAUCAAACUAAGAUAUUCAAUGAAUUUCAACUGAUCAAAUCACUUUCAUUCGGUAUACAGCCAUCACAAGAAACAAAUCUGGGAUCAUCUUAUUUAAUGUCAACUAAAAAUGAAAUUGUUCUGUUAUUUCCAAAAUUGAAAACAUUAGACUUAGGUGAAAAUCCUUAUUUGAAAUGUAUCUGUCCUAGUCUAUUACAUUUAAUUAAUUUACAAUACCUUUCAUUGGAUUGUUGUAUAACAUUGUGCGAGCUACCGGGUGGUUUAUUUCGUUUGCCAAAUCUACAAAGUAUUUUACUAAAUAAAACACCAUUUGUUAAACAUUUAGCAACACUGAUCGAUCCUACCUUAAAACUAAACCAAGUUGUUGGAAUACAAGGCAAUAACAAUAAUGAUAAUGAUGUUAAUGAUUAUCCAAAUUUAAAUGAAAAAAUCUACACACGACGUAUACUUUCAUGUUUGAAAUCAGUAACAGAUCAAUCCUAUCCGUAUACUCGAUUUCGUGUAAUGGUUGUCGGUCCAACAGGAGUGGGUAAAACUACAUUAAUUCGUUUGUUACAAGCAUCUGAAACUGGGAAAUCUUCUUUUCAAACUAAUUUCAAUGAAAACCCAUUCGAAACUGAUUUGCAUACGCUAUCAUCAUCAUCAUCAUCAUCAUUGCGAUCUAAUGAAACUGAUAAGAUACCAGAUCAUCUCUUACCUUCAGUUCAAAUUACAAAUUUAACAAUAAGUCGUCCUAAUAACAGUAAACCUAAUGAAUCUAUUAACUCAAAUGUUUCAAGUGGAAUUACUAAUAAUAAUACUGAUAAUAAUCGUAAUUUUUGUGAGACAUUAUCAUUCAGUAUUUGGGAUUUAGAAAAAAGGGUGAACACCACAUCAUCUGUUAAUACUACUACUAAUGAUAAUGAUCAUUUCGGAAGUAGCAUAUCUGAUAUGUCGUCUGAAUUAGCUUAUCCAUCAGAAGUAAUAAUUAAUACUCAAUUGGGUAUACAUUGUCAAUUAACGAUAUAUUUAGUUCUGUGGAAUACAGUCGAUGGUUUAUUAGGAUUAAAUCGUAUUACCCCAUGGUUAAUGAAAAUCAAGUCAAUUAGUCCAAAUUGUCCAAUCAUAUUAAUCGGUACCUAUUCUGAUUACCUUUUAAAUCUAAACCAAACUAUAACUACUGAUAAUUCAUCUUCAAUUAAUAUCAGUAGUAUGAAUAAAUCAACAAAUUCCAAGCAUAAUAAUAAUAAUAAUCCUAAAUUUCAUUUCAAUCUAAUGGAUAACAUUGUUCGUAGUAGAUUUUUUACAAAUUCCGAUUUAAACGCAUAUGGAUUACCAUAUUUGUACAAUUAUAUGUUUAUAAAUUUAUCCAAUAUGAAUAUUAACCAUUCAGAAAGAUUACAAAACAGUAUAUAUGAAUUAGCUACAUUAAUUUAUAAUGCUGCUUAUCAUGUCAGUAUAACAAAUCGUACAGCUGAUGUAUUGUUGCCGAAUAUAUCUAUUGCUCCAAGUUUAUCUCAAUCAUUUUUACAAUUAUCAAUACCAAAAUUAUAUCACUUAGCUGAAAGUAUAACGCAGCAAUUAACUAUUGAAAUGUUGAAUGCACAAUUACCACCAAUUAUGGAAGUUGAUAAAUUUAUAUUCGAAUUGAAUAAAUGUCUUUCUAAUUUACUGCCUCAUCCGAUAAGAGUUUGCUUUUCAUCGAGUAAUGUUAAUAAUAAUAGUAAUAAUAACAGUAAUAAUAAUAACAAUGGUAGUGCUCCGGUUGAGUUAUUGUCCACAUCGUCGUCGUCAUCAUCAUCACCAUCGUCAUCUUCAUUAUAUGCAACUUCUUGUAUACAUGGAUUUUAUACUUAUUCUGAUAUAAAAAGUAUAUUAUUAUUUCUAAAUCAUAUUGGUACAAUUCUUUAUUUUAGUCAUCAUAAAUUAUUAAAAAAUUAUGUAUUUUUAUCACCUCAAUGGUUAUUGAAUACUUUAUUAAAAUUAAUGAUUAAUAUACAUAAUAAACAAUUAUGCGGUAUGUUUAAAAAUUAUUGUACAUUGAAAACAGAAUGGAUGAAUACUAACAACAUAAAACGACAAUAUCGUAAUGAAUCGGUAAAAUCAUCACCAGAUAUUAGUCGGUUACAGUAUCAAGUUAACAAUGAUAAUGAUAGUAAACCUAUUAAAUCUACUUAUAAUAUUCAUUUGAAACGUAAUUCAGCUGUUAUCAAUUCGUCUUACUUAACUGAUUUAAUUAAUUAUUUCAUGAGAACUAUGAAAACAAUCAAUGAUAAUACUAGCCAUGUCCACAUGACCAACAUUCAUGAUGUACCAUUGGAGGAAAUUUUUCUAGGAUUAUUUAAACAGUUUGGUUUAAUAGUAUCCAUUAUUAGUAAUGAUGAUUUAAAAUGUCAAAAAGUUGAUAACUUGAGAAUGAGAAAAACUAGAAAGCAUUUGUUAUUACUACCAUCAUUAUUAGCUGCGCGUUGUUUUCAACCAGGACGUUUACAUUCUUAUUUACAACCAGCAGUGAUUAGAUAUGAGGAGAACUACAUAUCUAUGAAACAAGGUUCAUGUCUUCGUUCUCAAUCACUUAGUGUUUCAACUUAUCGACCGAGGUAUACCGUACACCAAAAGCAGUCGAAAUCGCGACCUAUAAAUAAUGUGAAUACAGUUGAAAGUGGUAAUAAUAAUAAUAACAAUGAAAAGGCGAAUCAUCCUAGAUUAUCGCAGUUUUUAAGUUGGCGUGUUCAAACUUCGGUCAAUAAAGAAAUUGUUCGAUUAUAUGCUGUUACCUAUAUACCAUUUGGAUUUUGGACAGAAUUAAAUACAAGGUUAUUAAAUGAUUUAAGUCUACAUGAAAUUUGUGGACGCAUCUACAACUUAUCAAAAUUACCUUCUGAAUUAUUUCAACAAUUAUUAUGCAAUAAUUUACAACAGAAUGAUAACUUCAAAAAUUGUUGUCAAUAUAUAUGUUGCACCGGUAGUCAUAAUGAUCAUGGUAAUAUUGACAAUUGUCAUACAUGUAUGAAUAAUACAUCAUCACAAUGUAAUUUAAAGCCUGAAUGGACAGUAUGGAAACGUGGUAUGCGUUUGUCACUUGGUCAUGGUCAAAUCGGUUUAGCACGUUUACAACAAUUGACACGUGCCAAUUGUGCAUUGUUAAGAAAUCAAUCUUUCAAACAAUCAUUUCUGAAUUUUACCAACAAUCGACAAUUAUCAUCUUUGCGUUCUUUGGUUCCCUCCUGUUCUCCUCGUUCUUCGCCUUUUUCUUCUACUACAAAAACAAAUGAUAUAAUUUCAAAACUUCUUCCCCAGUCUUGUUAUUGUGAAGAAUGGGAUGAACCAUGUGCUAUAGUUGGUGAAGAAGUUAUGAAACAAAGUAAAAAAUCAAUAAUCGUUAAUCAAAAUAUUUCUAAUACAGAGAACAACUUCAUCUUGUCGAAUUUACCACUAAAUAAUGAUACUGUUUAUCGUAGUGGUGUUGUAGAAACAAUUAAACAUUCCUAUGAAGGACGUCGUUUACGGUUAAUGCACUGGGUAGUGCAAGACGAUCAAAAACAUGGAGAAUUUCAACCAUAUACUACGACGAUGAAAACAACAACAGAAUCAUCACCGUUAAGAACAACAGCUUGUCAGGAACGUACUGUAAAGACUGCAUCUGAUUUUAAAAUACAAUGUAAUCAUGGUUACCUAACUGAUCAAGAACAUGAUGCAUUCCAAAACUCAUGUCUUAUUGAAAUUUACUUACCAAACUUAAAUAUCUACUGGGAAUAUAAACAAACUGACAAAUGUUCAACUGUCAAUUCUAACCAAACACAUAAUCAUUUAGAAGUUAUUCAUUCUCUACGAAAUCAUUCUCAACUUCGACAAAAAAAUAGUUUAAGUCCAGAUUCUCGGGCAGUUGCUGAACUAUUAGCAAAAUUAGUCAACCAUAUUGACACAUUAUUAGAAGAUUGGUAUCCAGAUCUAGGAGCGAAAUUAAAUCAAUCUAAUGAAGGUGUUUAUUUAGUUGAACGUAUUAUUCCAUGUUGUGCCUGUCUUGCUACACCAAGCCGUCAUCUCAAUAAUUUUUUAAGACAGUCUCUUAGUUUUUCCACUGAUAACCAUCUCCAAAAUAUGAUGAAAAAUUCCUCUUCUAAUAGUAUCAUUAAUCAGUAUAAGGAAAUGGACAAAAACUUUAAUGGAAACAAGUAUUGUUUGAAUCAAUUAUCGUCAAACAAUAAGAAAUUAUCUAAAUCUGUUCAAUAUUUAAAUGAUACUGAGAAUGAACUGAAAUAUUCUUAUUUGAGCUCAUCUGUAUUAUCUGUACCAAAUGAUUUAUUCACUAAUGAGGAAUUAUUAAUGAAAUAUUCUUUGGACAUCAAAAAUUUCGAUGAUAAUAAUAAGAUGAUCACAGAGAAAUAUUUAGCACAUCAUAAUAUGUCCAAGAAUCGAUAUAAAAGAGCACAUUCAGCAGAUCCAUUAAAAAUGACCAACCGUAAUAAAAAUGAAAAUGGUAAUCAAAAUAAAUUAACCAAUCCAUCAACAACCUAUACAUCGUUUGUUUAUGGUAUCACUAUUAGUGAAUAUAUUCAUUGGUAUGUAAUGAGAAGUUCAAAUAAAAUAUUACAGCCUGGAGAAUUAUAUUGUCCUAUACAUUCAUCUGUUCAGUUAUGGGCUCCAGAUUUACAAUUUAAAGAUAUUCCUUCAACACUUUUCUUUUCUACUGAUCGUGUCUAUUUAUUGGAAUUUCUUGGACGUGGAGCUUUUGGUUCCAUAUUUAAAGGUUCUGUAAAUAAUUCAAAUCCAUCCAAACAACAACAAAUAGGACGAUUAUCAAAUAGAAUUUCACUCGAAACAGUCAAUCAAUUUAAUAACAAUCGUACCACAAAUUUCAUUCAUGAGGUAGCUGUAAAACUAUGUUCACCUAUUUAUCCUAAUUUAAAUAGUAAUAGAAGUAAUUGUUAUCCUAUGUUUAAUUCUAUCAACUCUGAGCGUAUCAAUUUAUCAUCAUCAUCAUUACAGCACAAGUGUUCUACGUCGAAUCUUUCCGAUGCUAUGUUUUUAUAUCGUCAAGAGCAACGUAGAUGGUUACAUAACCCAAUUGAAGCCUGUUUAACUGCUUAUCAGGAAAUUCGAGCUGAAUUAAAUAUCCUAUUAUCAAUUACAAGAAAUUCAUUGUAUUCUAAUCAAUAUUCUUUUCCAUCAUCAUUAUCAUCAUGGUCACCUUCAUUACCAUCAUCAUCAUUAUUACUAUAUCAUAAGAGUAGACGUACUAACAGAUUAUGUAAUAGUUAUUGUUUAAAAGAAAAACGAUCUAAUCAAAGUUGUUUUAAUAAAUGUUUACAAAAGAAUAAAUUAAAAGAUUUUAAUAAUAUGGACAAGAUAAAUUGUAUUAAUGAUAGUAAUAACUUACUUAUUUGUUAUGGAAUUAUUUAUCCUAAUCCUAUUGGAUUUUUAAUGCCAUUAUUACCAUUAGGCAAUUUAUCUGAUUAUUUCAAUUCCUUAUUAAUAUUAUAUCAAGAUUUAUUAAAGACAACAAUGAAUACAUCAUUCAUAACAACAAAUUAUAAUGAAUUAUUUAUUAAUCAUCCAUUACAUCCAAUCACUAUGAUGUUAAUAAUUAAUCAGAUAGCUAAAGGACUUGCAUAUCUUCAUUCUUUAUCUAUUGUUCAUCGUGAUGUAAAAUCGGAAAAUAUAUUAAUUUGGUCAAUACCAUCACCUUCUACAAUGAUGAUGAUGAUGAUGACGACAUCAUCAAUAUCGGAAUCAAAUGAUCAGAAUCCAUCCGAAGUACAUAUUGUACUGACUGAUUAUGGUGUAAGUCGAUUCAUGAGUGUACGUGACGAUGAUGAAGAUGGCAAUGGAUGUAGAGGAUAUGUUGGUACACCUGGUUAUAUGGCCCCUGAAAUUUUAGACUAUAUAGGUGAACAAACAUAUACUUCAAAGAUUGAUAUUUAUGCUAUGGGGAUUUUAUUAUGUGAAAUGAUUCAAUUAGAACAACCGUACAAAAAAUCAUCAUCGUCAUUUUAUCGUUUAGCUCAACAAGUUAUUUCAGGUGUACGUCCUGAUAUUCCACAACAUUUUAUUAAAUGUUGUCCUAUUGCAUUAAUCAAUUUAAUGACAUAUUGUUGGUCAUCCAAUUCAAAUAGACGACCAUCAGCUGAACAAAUUGUACAUUUAACUAAUUCAUAUCAAUUAUCUACUUCAUUAUUAUCAUUAUCCAAUGAAAUUAUUACUAAUCAUUGUAAUAAUAGUAAUAAGAGGACGAAGAAGAAGAAUAGAUCAAAUUCAUUAUCAAUUUAUCAAAAUGAUUUAAUGAACAAAUCAUUCAUUGAUAAAAAUAAUUGUUUUAGUCAUAUACAAUCGGUGUAUUCAAUUGAUUUUUUAAAAGUUGUAACUUGUGCUGUAAUUGACAAUAAUUACAAUUUAUGGCUUGGCGGUUUAUUAAUCAUUAUUCCUCUGGACAAUUUCUCCACAAAUUCAUCAUUGUUAUUAGCUUCUUGGCCAAAAAUUCAUAUAUUAAAACAAUAUUUUAAAAGGUUUAUAAACGAAUGUGACUUAUGCAUUAAACUAUCCGAUUGGCCAAUUCAUUUACGUAUAUUGAAUAUUAAUGUUGAUGAAGAGAUGAAAAUAGGACGCAAAGAUUCUGAUAUUUCACCUCUAUUAAUAACUUGUUUAACAUAUUUUGGUGAAUUAAGAAUAUAUAGAUCAAAUAAUCAAAAUUCUUUAAAGUAUAUUUGUCUUUUAAAAGUGCAACUGUCACAGUGUUGUUCUACAUUGAAUCGAAAUUUCACAUCGACUGGUAAUGAUAAUGACAAUAGAUGUGAAAAUCUUUUUCAAGAAAUUAAUAUGAUGCUUAGUUGUAUAAUGUAUGAUUAUAAUCAACAUAAAAUGAAUGAUCAAGAUUACAAUUCAUCCUUGUCACCAACAGUAUCAUCAUCAGCAGCAGCGGCAACAGCAUUAUCUAACAGAUGUAUUCACUUCAUAUUAUGCUUAUCAUUUCCACAAAUUUGUAUUAUAAAAAUUAAUAUUCAUUCUAGUUUAAUGUUGAAAUUUGAUCGACUUAUUUUUAUCGAUAUAGAUCAACCUGUUCAUUCAGGGAUUAUUCUUCCAGAAAUUUGUGGUUCUAAUAUUUGGCUUAGUCAAACUGGCAGUAAAUUAGUAUGUUAUGCAUGGAAUGAUUCAAAGUGUGAAAUUCAAUCCUCCUCUACACCAUUAUCAUCAUCAUCAUCAAGUUAUCUAAAAUUUUAUUCAUCCUGGUUUGUCCCUUCAUUGUUCAAUUCAGAAGCAUCUCUAGUAACUCACUUUUUGAUUGAAAAUUCAAAACUAACUAGUAAUCGUCCAGAACCUUUGGUGGAAGAUGUUGAUACAAGUAAACACGUUUGUGUUUGGACAUAUUUGGAACCAGAUGGAAAACUUGACUGUUGGUCAGCAUUUUCACAAACUCUAUUGAGAAGUAUCAGUUUAAUACAUCAAUUAGAUAAUGAUCUGUUCACAGAGAACCAUACAACAUUCGAAAUUAUUGGAUCAGUUAAUACAAUGGAAUGGCUUAAUUUAUCAUCAAGUAUUCUUUUAUUAACAACCCAUGGUUAUUUGAUUCAUAUUAACGUGAUGAAUACUAACAGUGUUACUAAUGUUGAUGGUAAUUCAAUGACAACUACCAAUGAUACUAAGAUGUUUAGAGCAACAACAACAACAUCAGCACAAACAUUUUCGUCUUCUACAUCCCCAUCAUCACGAUCAUUUUGUCAGUUAUUUCACUACCAUGGAUUAUUUUCAAAUAAAGAUUUCUCUUUAGUUAUUCCAUUAACAUCAUCAAUAUCAUUAUAUCAGACAAAUGUGAAACAUUUUCCAAAACGUAUUAUCACUAUAAGUAAAGGUUAUUUAGAUCCUUUAAAUUGGAUCAAUCAUCAUGUUUCAUCAUCAUCAGCUUCUUGUUCUCCUACUGAUUCUACAUCUUUUAAGAGGGAUUUCAUUGAAUUAACAAUGUCCAAUAACAACAAUAAUAUUGAUGAUUAUAAUAAUAAUCAUAUAAUUGAAUGUUUAAAUCAAGAGAAAUUUUAUCUCGUUAAAUUAUUUUCUGAUCAAUUUUUAUUUCCAUCAUAA